AUGACGGUGAUAGAUUACAACGUGUCCGAUAAUGCAAUAUCCGUCGACUAUUUUGGCAAUGUUGGCACCGAACAAACGUUUGUUAGCGGCGUAUUGUUACUUUCGACGAUGACUUCCAUUGUCGCGAACGUCACUUCGUCCACAAUCGGGAGGCCUGGCCAGGCACACAUUUUGGAGAACUUGAUUAUACCUUUGUACGGGACGAUAUUUUUACUAUCGGUGGUUGGCAAUUCGUUGGUGUUGAUCACUUUGGCGCGCAACAAACGGAUGAGAACUGUCACCAACGUUUACCUGUUGAAUUUGGCAGUCUCGGAUUUGCUGCUGGGUGUCUUCUGCAUACCCUUCACACUUCUCGGCCAGAUACUGAAGAACUUCGUCUUCGGUAUUACGAUGUGCAAACUUAUUCCGUACUUCCAAGCUGUGUCUGUGUCAGUCGGUGUAUGGACUCUCGUGGCCAUUUCUCUGGAACGUUACUUCGCCAUUUGCAGACCACUAAAGUCAAGACGGUGGCAAACUCAGUUUCAUGCUUACAAAAUGAUCGCUGUGGUUUGGACUACCAGUCUCACGUGGAACGCGCCAAUCCUUGUAGUUUCACGACUUCAAAGUAUAGGUGGAGGUAGACACAAGUGUCGAGAAGAGUGGCCAGGCGUCGGUACGGAAAGGGCUUACAACCUCUUCUUAGACGGAAUGUUGCUUCUGGUUCCUUUGAUAGUAAUGAGCCUGGCUUAUUCGUUAAUCGCGGCGGAACUUUGGCGAGGAUUGCGACAAGAAAUGCGACAAUCGUCCAAUUGUCAACGACGUCAGGAUUUUAUAAUCACCCAGAGUU